AAGUAACUCUUGAUAUCCGGAGCAUAUACCUAGCUAGGUAACUUACCUAUUGACACCGUAUAUCUUUAUGGAGUAUCCCCCUCUCUAAACGCGCAUAUGUACUGGAAAACCGGACACCCUACCUAGAUAGAUUCUUUGCAUGGUUCUAGAAAUCCAACUGCAGGGGCAGUUAUAUACUAUACUAUACUAUACUAUACUAUACUAUGUGCAUAUCUACCUACAUGUGCAUACAUACAUACAUACAUACAUACAUAUAUGGAUGGAUGGAUGGAUGGAUGGAUGGAUGGAUGGACACAGAUUUUCAGCGGCUUCUAGAAAAAUCUCGAGUCCCCAGCAAGCAAAAAGAAAGAAAGAAAGAAAGCAAGCAAGCAAGUCCAAUUGGAAUGACAUGUUGUCACCUUGUUGUGAAAUUAUUCCUGUUGAGAUUAUCUAUCUAGACCAGUAAGAAGGAUAGGUAGUAGGUACUUUCUUGGCGGUCUGCAAUGCAA